AUGGACUUCAAGACUUUGUUGCAGCUAUAUUUUAAUUUUGUUGGUAAGCUGUUGGGACCAAAAGGGAACUCGUUGAAGCGUCUGCAGGAGAACACGAAUACCAGAAUGGCAAUCUUCGGCAAAGGAAGCAUGAAAACAAGAAAACAGGAACUGAUGUUACUUAACUCUGGGGACCCUAAAUACAAACACCUGGAAGACGAUCUUCAUGUAGAGAUAUCCUGCUUCGGGCCGCCAGUAGAGGUGUACAGGAAUAUAUCUACAGCUCUACAGGAGAUUAGGCAGUACCUAGUACCAGACUGCAACGACGUCAUCAGGCAGCAACAGAGGGUAGAGCUUACUCAGAUAGAUGUUCACAGGGAUUGCAGUUCUCCAGUCUGAGUCAGCUUCAGUAACUAAAUGAGGACCUCAAUAUUCACAUUUACCUAUAUUUACAAUUUACAUGUCAGUUUGGAUUGUACAUGUAACAUGUUUUACACUGUACAAGACCUAUUCAUUUCUGAGUAAAGUUUUGUCUAUUUUCAAACAUAUUCUAGUUAUAUGUACAAGCUUUACUCUUCGUAAUGGAUUGUACAAGGACUUACACAUUGUAGAGAACAAUACAUUAAACGUUCAAUGUAAUGGGUUGUUUUACACUCUUAAAGGGACUGUUAGCGUAUUUUCAAGUGACCCUCCAUUGGUAGUGUGGCAUGUCCGAUUCACAAUGGUAUCCUGUAAAAGCUAAGAAUAUAAAUAAGUAUAAAUUAGAUGGUUGUUUUUGAAAAGUAAUUUUUUCAUUUGUGGAAAUGAGUCUUUGCCACAAACUCAAA